AUGGGCUCCAAAUCGGUGGACCAGGUGCUCGAUCCCGCCGCCGCCGCCGGAGUCCAUCUUUCCGCGCUCCGUCUGGACGGCCUCAACCGCAUCCAGGGUUCCGCGUCUUCCGAGGAACAACCAACGACAUCUGGCCUGGAGAAUGGCCACCAGGAGCCCUUUGUUAUUGGUGUUGCUGGGGGUGCAUCCUCAGGCAAAAGUACCGUAUGCAAGAUGAUCAUUGAUCAGCUGCGCAACCAACGUGUGGUGGUUGUUAUGCAGGAGUCCUUCUAUUAUGGACUGACGGAUGAGGAAUUAGUCCAUGUUCAUGAUUAUAACUUCGAUCAUCCAGGCAAAGCUGUUGACAUCCCUGAGUACAACUUCAAGACAUACAAGAGUGUCCCGGAUGCAAGAAAGGCUCUUGUGAGAGUUUGCCAAGACACAUCAAGCCAUGGCUGCGGUGUAUUCUCCAAUUUUUUAGAAACUUAUAUCAGCAUUUUAGAAUUCUAG